CGGGGAGGCGCUAUAAAGGGUUGUUUUCCACUUUACAAGCUAAACAAGCUCCAUUUUGUGAGAGCCUUUCAGAAGACAAAAAACGUCGUCCCGGUGAAAAGGGAGAUUCAAAGAACAAAAAAAAACAAAAAAUACAGUUGACCAGUCGAUCGCUAACCAGUUAUUAUCCGAAAGGAAAGGAAAUCUUAUCGUAUGUCCGCUAUCCAGAACCUCCAAACUUUCGACCCAUUUGCUGAUGCAACUAAGGGUAAUGACAGGCUCCCAUCUGGGACUGACGACUACAUCCACAUAAGAAUCCAGCAGCGUAACGGCAGGAAGACUCUGACCACGGUCCAGGGCAUAGCCAUCGACUAUGAUAAGAAGAAGCUAGUCAAGGCCUUUAAGAAGAAAUUUGCCUGCAAUGGGACAGUGAUUGAGCACCCAGAGUAUGGGGAAGUGAUUCAGCUGCAAGGUGACCAGCGCAAGAAUAUCUGCACGUUUCUGAUUGAGAUUGGCCUGGCGAAAGAGGAGCAGCUCAAGGUCCACGGAUUCUAGAAGCUUUCUGCAGCCCCCUCUCCCCUGGUCCUGAUACUUCCCUCCCCAUGUGCUGCAAUCACUGCAGCCCCUUUAAGCUAAUGAUGAAUACCUCUGAAUUGAGACACUUUAAUACCAGUUUAACUCCCCCCUCAGAUGGGAGCAGUCCAGUGAAAACAUGGACAAAUGGCUUGACGGAUGUGGGAUGAGUGGUGGUUUAGUUUUUUCCUUCAACUUUUUUGUUUGCCAUGUGAAGGGCACAAUUCCAUGUAACACUUUGUUUUGUACGAGUUUCAAUAAAAAUGAUCAACCGCCACAUGCGGUAUCCUGUGGUGGUGUGGGAUUUUGGAGGGGGUUGGGGAGAAGCCCUUAACUGCGGUUCUAAUGUAUUGUGGGUCUUCCUGUGUCCAAGGUUAUGGAAGAGUGCUGCAGAAGUUCUGACCAUCGCAGCCCAGUCUCCCGUCUGAGGCGAGUUUGUGCUUCCUUUUAACAAAAAGUUGAAAUAUGCAUAAUUUUCUGACGCUGUAAUACUACUUAGAUUUUAUUUAAACUAUAAUGAAAGGUACUGCUCUACCUGGUUGUCAGAUGACUGGUGUUACGGAGCAAGUCUGCUUAACCAUGUUAGGAUUGACACUGAGCUACCAACUCAAAAUGGAGAGAGGGGGUGUUAUUUUAUUGAAUAAAUAUUGAAAUUGA